AUGGAGGAAUGGGAAAAGGAAAUGAUGUUAUGUGGACAUAGUGAGAAGCUUGCGUUGGCUUUUGGGAUGAUUAGUAGUUCAUGGGAUUCGAUGCCUUUAAGGAUUAUUAAGAAUUUGAGAUUCCAGAUUGUCAUUCAGCUAUUAAAUCUUAGCAUCUCAUCCAUAAACAACAGAUUGUUCUCAGGUACGAAAAAGAACAUUUUGAAGAAUUUAAAAAAAAAAACAUCUUUUGAAAGAAAGAUGAGCGAGCAUAUGAGUCAUGAAGACUUGCAUCCGUAGGAAGUUAGUGAGAGCCAUGGUGGAAGAGAAAUAAAUGCCCUUCUUAGUUUCUUAAGCAUAUUUGUGUAAGUAUUAUUGAAACUUAAUCACAUAAUCUUUAUUUUUAAUGAAGAUCAUACCC